AUGUCGCUCAACGCUCCCGACCAUUCUCUCGAUCAUGAGUCGUCGUCGGAGCUGAUGAUCGGGCUGUCGGCGACUCUGGGCUUCAUCACCACUGUUGUUGUCAUAUUACGGAUGUACACGAGACUCGUACAGCUUCGAAAUGCCGGCCUCGAUGAUCUCAUGAUAGUUGUCACGCAGAUUCUUGCGAUUGGGUUGAAUAUCUCAACAUGUUUAGAGGGGCACUACGGAACGGGGAGGCACUGGUGGCUCGCCAGCCCGGACGACCUGAUGAGCCAGCUGAAAUCGCUCUUCGCCGCCAUCCAGCUCUACAUCUGGUCCCUCUGCUGCGUCAAGAUCAGCCUGCUCCUCCAGUACAGGCGCAUCUUCAUGGCCGCCUGGCUCCAGCGGGUGUCGAUCAUCAUCAUCUGCUUCUCCGUCUCGUGGAACGUCGCGCAGUCCAUCCUCGUGUCGUUCGCCUGCAGCCCGGCGAGCGUCUUCAUCCCGAGCCUCGCGCCGCACUGCCUCGACAGCCUGACGAUCUGGUAUAUCGCGGCGGGGAUCAACAUCACCACCGACUUCAUCGUCUUCCUCCUGCCGAUACCACUCAUCAAUUCAUUGCAGCUUCCCAUUCGUCAGAGGGUCCUGUUGACCAUGGUGUUCUGUCUGGGAUUUUUCACGUGCAUAAUCUCGGUUGUCCGCGCCACAAAGCUUGAGGCCGUGGUCAACGCGGGCGACCCCUCCUACUACGGCGCCCCAGGGGCCAUCUGGUCCAUGGUGGAGCUCAACUGCGCCAUCCUGUGCGCGUGCCUGCCGACCGUCAGGCACCUGAUCGGCUCAUGGAUACCCUGCCUGGGCCUGCGCACAGUCAGGGACACCUCAGGGUACUACGCCAAGUCGACCCCGAGCCGGCGGCGUCUCAGCGUCUUUGCGCUGCGGUCCAAGAAGAGCGGCAAGCUGCAGGUGCCCGGGGGCGGCUACCACAAGGGCUCCAAGGGCAGCGGGGCCUCCGAGGCGGCAAUCACGGGGAGCAGCGGCAAGCGCGACCACGGCAACAUCGAGCUGGACACGACGUGGGCCAACGACCUCGAGAACGACGGCGCGCUGUACCACAGUAACAACAUCUCGGCCUGGGUGAGCGCCCAGGAGCCAAAGUCGCCCAUCAGGGCAAAGGUCAGGUACAGCGACGACAAGAGGGACAGGAGCGGGAGCGAGUCGCGGCUGAUAGGCUCCGGGGUGUCCAACGAGCAGCUCCGGACGAACAUCUUGGUCACCCGGGAUGUGACGGUGGAGGAGGGUCGGACGACGACGCCGACGCCCAGCCCGCGCUCGCGGUCUUUCACUGGUAUAGCGUUAUGA